AAGCAUACCACUAUCAGUGUCAAGAACAAAAAAUGGCACUGCUGGCUACACUGUUAGCAACUGUUUUAUGCCUGAGUUCUCAAAUUAAGGCACAACUAGUAGUGGGAUUCUACAACAGUAGAUGUCCUCGCACAGAAUCAAUCAUAGGGGAAGAAGUCCUCAAAGCCUUUCUCAAAGAUAAAGGAAUUGCUCCUGGUCUCGUCAGAGCUCAUUUCCACGAUUGCUUUGUUCGGGGUUGCGAUGGCUCCUUAUUCAUUGAUUCAACACCAACAAACGUAGCAGAGAAGGACGGUCCUCCAAAUGGCAUCACUCUUCGCGGUCUGGAAGUAGUUGACAAUGCCAAGGCCAGACUUGAAGCAGAAUGCAAAGGAGUUGUGUCCUGUGCUGAUAUAUUAGCAUAUGCAGCCAGAGACUCUGUCGUGAUUACUGGAGGCCGCGGAUGGGGUGUUCCAGCAGGCAGGCGAGAUGGACGUAUCUCACGUGCUGCAGAGACUAUAGACAUUCCUGGACCCUUUCAAAAUUUAGAUCAAAUCACUCAGGCUUUUGCUAAGAAGAAUAUGACCCAAGAUGAGAUGAUUGCACUUUCAGGGGCGCAUACAAUUGGUCGCUCUCAUUGCACAUCAUUCAGCAAUAGGUUAUACGAUUUCAGCCCAGCAAACAGUCAAGAUCCGAGCUUGGACCGCUUCUUGGCUGCACUACUGAAGAUACAAUGCCCUCAAGGCCCUCAAGGAGAUGUUGAUCCUAACUUGGUGGUGCCGAUGAAUAGGAGUCCAGCUCUUUUCGAGAAUAGCUAUUACAGGGACAUCUUGGCACACCGUGUUGUUCUCACAUCCGACCAGACCCUCAUCACCAGCCCAGAGAGUCUUUCAGAAGUCAGAGAAUAUGCAUUCAACGAGCGAGAAUGGCAGGAAGAUUUUGCUGAUGCAAUGGUAAAGAUGAGUCAGAUUGAGGUUCUUACUGGAACUGCUGGAGAAAUUCGAUCCAACUGCAGGGUCAUAAAUCCUUAAAGCUUUGAUCUUGACCUCAACUGCCAAAACCCCCCACCGUAAACAUGUUAGGGGAUAUCCAUUUAUCAGGAUUUAGCAAGAAGUUAUUUUCAUUUCUAAUUGGACCCUUUUGUUUGAUUGAAUUACUAUCAUUCCACAUAGCAAGGAGAAGAAGGUGUGUUUCUUGAAGCCUUCAGGAGGGAGAAAACAUAAUGAGAAUAAAAAAAAAAAAACAAAAGUUUCAAUAC